CUGUCGACGAGGCGGGUCACGUGAGCGGGCACUGCAAGAUGGCGGCGGUGGAAGGAGAAAGUUGGCGGCGGUGAAGGGUCGGUGUGACCGAGUGUGUGGCGGGAGGCGGACGCUCACUUCCCGGGCCCCUCGGAGAGCGGCGUGAAGUCCCGCCGUCAGUCCAGGUUCACACGGAGCCUGAACCAUGGCCACAAAUGGUGCAAAUUCUGCUUCAGUAAGCAACCACGCAACAAAAUCACAACUUGGGAUAAAAGUCAUUUGUGCAAAACUCAAGGAAAAUAAGAAGAACUGGUUUGGGCCCAGUCCCUAUGUGGAAGUGGCAGUUGAUGGCCAGUCAAAGAAAACUGAGAAACUUACCAACACACACAACCCCAAGUGGAAACAGCAAGUCACAGUGAUUAUAACACCGUUCAGCUUGAUCACUUUUAGGGUAUGGAGCCAUCAGACUCUGAAAUCAGAUGUCCUGCUGGGAUCAGCCACUCUGGAUAUCUGUGAGACGUUAAAAUCUAAUAAUAUGAAAUUUGAAAACGUGGUUAUAAAGUUACCACUCAACAAUGACCGUGAGAUUGUGGACGGUGGUGAGCUUAUUGUAUCCCUGGAUGGAUUAACUGUAGAUCCUGAAGUCCUGACAAAUGGAGAUUUUACAGCUGCAACAACCAACUCGACAAGUGAUGGUUCCCGGUGUGGUAGUGAGGCAUUUAUACUUAAUCCCUCCAGUGCAAAUGGUGACGCCAUCUCACAAGAAGGCUCGGUGGACUCUGGCUCUGCUGGUGAACAUAACGUAAAUGGCAGAGGUACUCCAUCACCGUCUCCAAACUCAAUGCCCAUAAGGCCACCGAGACCCUUACGGCCUCCACCUCCUGUCCCUUCCAGACCUGACACUAUACCAGUGUAUGAAAAUGGGUAUUCGGUUCCGAUGGAGAAUGGGUCCUCAUCCGCUACCGUCCCAACUGUCACAAACACUGUGCCUUCGACGUCUGCUACAAACUUGUCAGAACCACCACCCAGCCUAGCACCACCAACUGAAUCCAUAUCUCCCGGUGAUCUUGCACUAAGCAGAGUGAGCAAGGGUCCACUUCCACCUGGCUGGGAGCAGAGGGCGGAUCAACAGGGUAGAUUCUAUUUUGUAGAUCACAUUGAGAAGCGAACAACCUGGGAAAGACCACAACCAUUACCUCCAGGCUGGGAGCGGAGGGUGGACGAGAGGCACAGGAUUUACUACGUUGACCACAUUACUCGGACCACCACGUGGCAGCGGCCUACAGUGGAGUCUGUCAGGAACUUUGAGCAAUGGCAGUCACAGAGAAAUCAGCUUCAGGGAGCCAUGCAGCAGUUCAACCAGAGAUUUAUUUAUUCGUAUCCUGAGCCAGUGGUGCCUGCUGAAUUUGACCCUCUUGGCCCGUUGUCAUCAGGAUGGGAAAAGAGAACAGACAACAAUGGCAGAAUGUACUUUGUAAACCACAUAACACGUACCACUCAGUGGGAGGAUCCUAGGACAGAAGGAAUUCUCAAUGAAAAGCCCUUGCCAGAUGGAUGGGAGAUGCGGUUUACAGUCGACGGUGCUCCAUACUUUGUGGAUCAUAAUAGAAGAACAACAACAUACAUUGACCCACGUACUGGCAAGUCAGCACUAUCGAACGGUCCAAACAUCGCGUAUGUCCGUGAUUUCAGAUCCAAAGUCUCCUAUUUCAGGUUCUGGUGUCAGCAACUGGCUGCGCCUCAGCACAUAAAAAUAACUGUGACCAGGAAAACUUUGUUUGAGGAUUCGUUUCAGCAGAUCAUGAGCUUCAAUCCUCAAGACCUGCGAAGGAGGUUAUGGAUCAUUUUCCCCGGAGAGGAAGGCUUAGAUUAUGGAGGUGUGGCAAGGGAAUGGUUCUUCCUACUGUCCCAUGAAGUUUUGAACCCCAUGUAUUGCCUCUUUGAGUAUGCUGGGAAGGAAAGUUAUUGCUUGCAAAUAAAUCCUGCAUCUUACAUCAACCCAGAUCAUCUGAAGUACUUCCGAUUCAUCGGUCGUUUCAUAGCCAUGGCAUUAUUUCAUGGGAAAUUCAUUGACACUGGAUUCUCUCUGCCAUUUUACAAACGGAUUCUGAACAAAGCAAUAGUAACCAAAGACUUGGAAUCUAUCGAUCCGGAAUUUUACAAUUCCCUCAUUUGGAUAAGGGAGAACAAACUGGAAGAAUGUGGUCUGGAAAUGUAUUUCUCAGUUGACAAAGAAAUUUUAGGUGAAAUACAAACACAAGAGCUGAAACCUGAUGGCAAUAAUAUACUGGUGACUGAGGAAAACAAAGAGGAGUACAUUGGACUUGUAGCUGAGUGGAGACUAUCGCGUGGCGUUGAAGAACAGACGCAGGCAUUCCUGGAGGGCUUUAAUGAAGUGCUUCCUUUACACUAUCUUCAGUCAUUCGAUGCCAAAGAAUUGGAGGUGCUACUUUGUGGAAUGCAAGAGAUUGAUUUGAAUGAUUGGCAGAGAAAUGCAAUUUAUCGGAACUACACCAGAAACAACAAACAAAUAAUCUGGUUUUGGCAGAUUGUGAAAGAAAUGGACAACGAGAAACGAAUGCGUCUGCUGCAGUUUGUCACUGGGACGUGCCGCCUUCCGGUCGGUGGCUUUACAGAUCUCAUGGGAAGCAAUGGUCCCCAGAAAUUCUGCAUUGAAAAAGUUGGGAAAGAAAACUGGUUACCAAGAAGUCACACGUGCUUCAAUCGUUUGGAUUUGCCGCCAUACAAGAGCUAUGAGCAAUUGAAGGAAAAGCUGCUCUUUGCAAUAGAAGAAACUGAAGGAUUUGGACAAGAGUAACCCCAUAUAACAGUCUCAACCGAAGAGAGUUAACGUGCUGUCUGUUAUUUUAAGAGGCUUUGGAAAUGAGGAAUGCAUUUCCAUUUCUUAUGCUUUUCUUUCCAGUAGUCAUUUGUUUAGCCAGACGUGUCAGGUCAGACUAUUUCUGUCAGAAACCCUAUGGGAAAUGGAUGCAGAGACAUGCCUCGACUUUGUCUCUCUGUAUUUGCAAGUGAAAAACCCGAUAUUAUGGAGAAAUUGUACAUGUUCACAUGGAAUUAAUCUGCUGUGAUAAACAGCUUAAACCACAGUUUGUUCAUUUGCACUGUGUGUGAAGGAACAGGCAGGCUGACCCUGCCCGGACAGGAAUACAAUUGGCUGCUAUUUAUGACUACGUGAGCUGGUUGAUUAGGCUUUCCGAGAUUUGAUUGCGUCUUGCAGCCGAGACUAAGCCAGGGCUGAGUAACUACCCGGCCUGUAUUGAGAAACAAACCAUGAUGGACUGUAUCUUACCCUUUUCCCUUCCUUUUUGCCUUCUGAUUGGAUUGUAUUUAUCAUGAUCUGUCAUUGGGGUCAUCUCCCCCUUCUCUCCUCUUACCUUAUCCAAUAGUCUGUCUUAACAGAUCUGCAGAUGCUAGUUUAAUACAAAGAUAGACAAAGUUCUGGCGUAACUCUGCGGGUCAGGCAGCAUCUCUGGAGAAAAAAAGAUGGGUGACAUUUCGGGUCUGAAGAAGGGUUCCAACCCGAAAUGUCAGCCAUCCUUCUCCAGAGGUGCUGCCUGACCCGCUGAGUUACUCCACCACUUAUUGUCCAUCUUCGGUACAAACCAGCAUUUGUAGUUAUUUAUUUCUACAACCUGUCUUUGUCACAGGAUUUAUUUCUAAUUUGUUUUAAUAAGUUGAAAAGCAGUUCAAGCAUGUCCUGUGAGGUUGAGUCUCCUUUCCAAUUGAGGAAUGCCCCAUUGUCAUUGUUCAACAGAUGCCUCCUAUACUUUUGUUGGUUUUCUUUUAGAAGUCAAUGAAACUAGCACACCAGUAGUAAUUGUGAUAAUAUCCCAAACCUAAUCCCCCUCUCUGCACAGUGUAGUUUGGAAAGCAGAAGUUUCUGCUCUGUAUUUUAAAAUGAAUCAAAAACUUAGCUGAGGUUAUGUAGCUCUAGUUUUAUAGAGCAUGAGUAGAGAAUGUUUGUGGUAUUCACAGUGCCCUCCAUAAUGUUUGGGACAAAGACCCAUCGUUUAUUUAUUUGCCUCUGUACUCCACAAUUUGAGAUUUGUAAUAGAAAAAAAAAACACAUGUGAUUAAAGUGCACAUUGUCAGAUUUUAAUAAAAGGUAUUUUUAUACGUUUUGGUUUCACCAUGUAGAAAUUACAGCAGUUUUUAUACGUAGUCCCCUCCAUUUCAGGGCACCACGAUGUUUGGGUGACAGCAAUGUCAUGUAAAUGAAAGUAGUCAUGUUUAGUAUUUUGUUGCAUAUCCUUUGCAUGCAAUGACUGCUUGAAGUCUGUGAUUCAUGGACAUCACCAGUUGCUGGGUGUCUUCUCUGGUGAUGCUCUGCCAGGCCUGUAUUACAGCCAUCUUUAGCUUAUGCUUGUUUUGGGUGCUAGUCCCCUUCAGUUUUCUCUUCAGCAUAUAAAAGGCAUGCUCAAUUGGGUUCAGAUCGGGUGAUUGACUUGGCCACUCAAGAAUUGACCAUUAUUUAGCUUUGAAAAACUCCUUUGUUGCUUUAGCAGUAUGUUUGGGGUCAUUGUCUUGCUGUAGAAUAAACUGCUGGCCAAUGAGUUUUGAGACAUUUGUUUGAACUUCAGCAGAUAGGACGUGUCUAUACACUUCAGAAUUCAUUAUGCUACUACCAUCAGCAGUUGUAUCAUCAAUGAAGAUAAGUGAGCCAGUACCUUCAGCAGUCAUACAUGCCCAGGCCAUAACACGCCCACCACCAUGUUUCACAGAUGAGGUGGUAUGAUAGGGAUCUUGAACAGUUCCUUCUCUCCUCCAUACUUUGCUCUUGCCAUCACUCUGAUAUAAGUUAAUCUUCGUCUCAUCUGUCCACAAGACCUUUUUUUCAGAACUGUGGUUGCUCGUUUAAGUACAUCUUGGCAAACUGUAACCUGCCCAUCCUAUUUAUGGGGCUAACCAGUGGUUUGUAUCUUGCAGUGUAGCCUCUAUAUUUCUGUUCAUGAAGUCUUCUGCGGACAGUGGUCAUUGACAAAUCCACACCUGAUUCCUAUAGAGUGUUUCUGAUGUUGGACGUGUUUGGGGAUUUUUCUUUAUUGUAGAGAUAAUUCUUCUGUCAUCAGCUGUGGAGGUCUUCCUUGACCUGCCAGUCCCUUUGCGAUUAGUAAGCUCACCAGUGCUCCCUUUCUUCUUAAUGAUGUUCCAAACAGUUGAUUUUGGUAAGCCUAAGGUUUGGCUGAUGUCUCUAUCAGUUUGAUUCUUGCUUCUCAGACUCAUAAUGGCUUCUUUGACUUUCAUUGGCACAACUUUGGGCCUCAUGUUGAUAAACAGCAAUAAAAGUUUCCAAAGGUGAUGGAAAGACUGGAGGCAUGACGAGGUGCUGAGAACUCUCUUAUACCUGCAUUAAGGAGGCAUUUAAACACACCUGAGCAAUUAUAAACUCCUGCGAAGCCAUGUGUCCCAAACAUUAUGGUGCCCUGAAAUGGGGGGACUCUGUAAGCACAGCUGGUGAAACCAAAAUGUAUUUAAAAAAAAAACCUUUAAUAAAAUCUGACAAUAUGCACUUUAACCACAUGUGAUUUUUUUUUUUCUAUUACUAAUCUCAAAUUGUGGAGUACAGAGGCAAAUAAAUGAUGGGUCUUUGUCCUAAACAUUAUGGAGGGCACUGUAUGUACUGAUAUCUCUGACUCUGGCACGUCUGCAGAAUAAAACAUCGCCUCUUGCGGGAGCAUGAAUUUUAUCUCUUCCCCCCACCACCACAUUUGCCCUUUUAGAUUUUGCCAUUGUGUCUGGCAGGCAACUUAUCUGAGGGUGUUUUACAGUGACGAGUCUCAUACAAGUAGCAUUCAAGCUAGCACUGGAUACAUUUUCCCAUCUCUAGAAGGCACAUUAGCAAUGUACAGUACUUUGUAAAGGGGGGGAGGGGAAGGGGAAGGGCCUUGUUUUGGUGUCUGAAGUUGAGGAUGUGUGGGAUGUAGAAAAAUACUCUAUUUUCCCAUCAGCAUUCAAAAGCAACUUUUCAGAGACCAUGCCCUCGAAAUGUUAUGUUUGUGUCCAGGACAAAUUGUACAUCGUUUCUCUUCUUUAUGGCCUGGAAAUGUUUGCGAACAUUUGUUAACCUCCAGCUUUCCAGACUUGCAACAUCUAUUUGCCUGCUCUCUAGUUAAUUCCUUGAAGAUGAGCUUUAAAAUGGUCCCAGGAAUUCAUUUGGGAUAUUCACAAUGAUUGAAUUAGGUAUUCCAACCCUGCCUACACAUCACUACACCUCUUAUUACUUUCAAGUGAUUUAAACUGGAGCUUUUUGGAUGUAAUUGCCCUCUGUAAAUUGCCCCUAGUUUGUAGAGAGUGGAUGGGGAAAGUGGGAUAACACAGAACUAAUGUAAACGGGUGAUCGAUCGUCGACGUGGGUAGAAGGCCCUAUUUCCGUGCUGUAUCUUUCAAUCAAAAAAAGUCUACCUUUUCUUAGCAGGGAUAAAAUCUACCCCAAAUCACCAAUAGUAUAAUGAUCAUAUCUGUUUGUAUUCUAAUUUGUUUAAAGUAAUUUUAACAGGCCAAUAAUGGUAUGAAAUCUCUGCAGGAAGGUUGCCACCACUAUGGUCUCACUGUAAAGUGUGUUAAUGAGAUUCACGCGAGGAUAGAUUUCUGCUUAGCCGUGAUGCCCUCCUGCUUCAGAUUUCCUGUGAGGAUUCGCUGGCUAGGCUUGCAUGAGGGAAGACAUGGCAGCUGGGGUUAAUAUAAAAUGGUGAUUUAAGGAAAGAUGGCGGAAAGCUGCAUUGCAUGUGGCAGCAAUGAGAAGGAAAGUGCCCUGUAUCGUCGUCAUCUCCCGUAUUGCGCAGUUGAGUAGAUAUUUAUUUAUUGCAUGGGGCGGUGGCUCAUCUGUAUCUGAGAGGCAUUUACUGUCUAGUUAUUUAUCUCACUGGCCUGAGAUUUGGGGUGAGGAUCUGUUUUGAAUUAAAGGUUUAAAUUAUUCAAACAGCAUCUGCUUGGUUAUAAAAAAUGUACACCAAUUCUACCGUUCACUGAACUCAACACCAUUCUCUUGCCACACUCUCCACAAAGUUGUAUGUAAUAGUAUGUAAACUGGUGAAUGGCACAUUGCCUGAUGCAAUAACUCUGCAGGGGGACAGGUAGUUGAGGUAGUCAACAACUGGCCUGAUUGCAUUGGGGCACUGAGGAAAUUCACCUGUGACUAAGUGUGCCCAAGACUAGAUUGGACCUGAGCUUUGAUGCAUUGCAUUCUCACAAUGGUCUCUACACCUGCUGUCCGAUCUUGAGUGGAAAGCGGUGGCUCGUGUUGAGACUGCUGAUGUCAGCAAAAGAGCCUGCACUCUCGAGGUAGGGUGAAAGAAUGUUGGGUUGUCUUAUAUUUAAUUAAGCCAAUUCUUAAACCAGAUUUUAUUUGUAAUAUAUUGUUAUGAUUAGUUAUAAAUUACAUGUAUAGGAUAUAAGAGAGAGAUAGUUUUUGUUAAAACCUGAAUAUUUGGGUGAGUUUUUGAAUCCAGUUUGAUUUGCAACUGGGACUCCAGUUUUAACGUAAACCAGCAUCUCACUGGUUUGUUGAUCAAUGUGUGUUUGGAGGUUGUUUGAUCCAUAUUGACAUACAUUUGUUGGCCGCUGGCUCUGACAUUUGGUGUGCUGGUUAUUGGCCAGUGAAAGCCUUUGCUGGGCAAUGUACAUGUGGACUAUGUGCACUGAGGGCAAGGCCAGGCCUCGUCCCCUCUGUGAACAGAUAUCUGCUGUAUUUACUCACCCCUGCUUAGACACCUAAAACCCCCAGCAACAGUUAUCACCCGAGGUUAAUAUUUUCAAUCUGAAACCUAUAGAAACCCUGUGGGAGGCCAGCUUCAACAAACUAAAAAUAAAAGAGCUUCAUAUAGGUGUGUGCUGUGCAAAAUUGACAGGCUGGUUUACAGUCCAUGUGUCACGUGUCUUGUUCUGGGGCUCAGCACGCUCCUGCUUCGAACAGGAAUCCCCUGAUCUAUUUCUUGGGCAGUGCAGAGCUUGGGUGUUUUGCGAGUGAUCGCCAACUGACUAAACAGAAAGAACACACUCUCUGAUGGUUGUGUUUCUUGGGCCGUUCUGGCACUCCAUCAUCAGUGCCUGAAAUGCCAGUUAGCUGGUCAAAGAUAAGCUAAUUGGAUAAAUGUACCUGAAGUUAACAGGUGGGUUUCAUGGGGCAUCUAAACAUGGCAUCUCCUAGCGAGUUUUCCAUAGUCUCGAUUAAUAAUCUCUCAUCUUCUGUGAUGUACUUCACAAAGCAGAGAAGAAUAAGCAAAUAUACGCUAAUAAAUAGUAAGCUCCCGUUAAAUGUGAAUAAAUAAUUGCUGGCACUUUUGGAAGGCACAGCACUUUCCACUAUUUUUCUUCUUCUAACACCUUGUAAAUAAACUUUUCCACAUAACACUGAGCUCAAAACUUGGUGCAUGUUUUUUUAUAGGCCCUUUCUGACCUGCAAAUAGAAAAGUGGGAUGUGGAAAAGUGCUUUAUUCCUUUCUGUGUUUGUCUCACUCCCUUGCCUUGCCACACUCCUCCUCGCUUCUUCUGGGUUAAUAUCCAUAUUAGCCUGAUGCUGUCUAUUGCCCGACACAAACUGAAUGUUUAACCCGAAUGGUGCCAUUGUGUAAAUACAGUGACUUGCAGCUGAAGGGAUUUUCUACUACUGUUAACUUGGCCGAUCCAAUUUUUAAAAAAUGUAAUGUUCCCUCCUUUUGACAAACCAGCAUAGUAAACAAACUACUAUUGAUGCACUAACCCCAUUACAACCAUUUCCACAGUCGAAGUCACAGGUUAUCUUGUGCAACGCACAAAAGUGCGAGGUAACUCAUUGGGUCAGGCAGUAUCUCUGCAGGACAUGGAUCCGUUCAGUGGGACUAUAUUUGUCACACAUGCAACUGCACAGUGAAAUUCUUUUUGCCUAUUUACACAUUCAGGCACCACCAUGUUUUGGCACCAUUUCCAAAGUCCAAUCAUCCCAUGCGCUCAGUCUACUGGAGGAGCUCCCGAUCCCAUAAGCCCCGAGCUCCUGCAGGGCCUCCUCUGUCCCCCUCGGCCUGCGAACCAACGACCCUGUCCUCGCCUGGCCGUCUUUGUGCCCCGGGGCAGCUCCUGCAGCCGACCUUGAAGGCGCUGGAGGCAUUAGCCCAGUUUACCCUCCUACUGGCCCUUGCUCCUCACUUCCGAUGUCUCCAGUGUGUCAUUUCAGGUCAGGGUCUGAAGAAGGGUCCCAAAUCCCAACCUGAAAUGUCACCUAUCCAUUGAUGCUGCCUGACCACCCGAGUUAUUCCAGCAUUUUGUGUUUUGUUGAUUAGAAGAUUUAGAGAUAUAUAUAAAGCAGAAUAACCUUUGAAAAUGUUGUUCCUGAGCAUCUUAAAUUUUAUUGAUUUAAACUUUACACGCGAUUAGUGGGAAGCAAUACUUCAGUUGAAAUCAUUGCUAGCGGUUUAUUAAUUUCACACUUACUAGGCAAUAGAAUCUAAUUCACCCUCGAUGGUUUAUGAUGAAUUAGUUUUACAGGUGCCCUUGAUGCAUUGUUUUCCUGUAACUUGCUUCCUGUUGUUGGUAAUCUAGUUUGUUUAAGACUAAGGAAUUUUGGAGGCAAAUUGUUUUGUUCUGUAGUUGGGGGUAAAUGUCGGGUGAGAAUGUACAAAGAUUUCUGGCUUUGGAGACUCAUUCUACAGCCAAACAAAAGAAAGUCCCAAGAUAGACACAAAAUGCUGGAAUAACUCAACGGUUCAGGCACCCUCUGGAGAAAAAUGAUAGGUGACGUUUUGGGUCGAGUCCCAGUCUGAAGAGUCUGACGCGAAAUGUCUCAUUCCUUUAAUGCAGAGAUGCUGCCUGAACGUUUAGCUGCUCCAGCUUUUUGUCUUUAUCUUGGGUGGAAACCAGCCUCUACACAAAAGUAAGUCCCAGUUGUGUUAGUUAAAUAACAAUUUGUUCCAAGCUUAUACAAUGGAGUAUAAUUUUCUCAUUCUAAUGAAUUGGGCUACAGGUGCGUAGGAUAAAAUUAAACGUGUAAAGAGAACAGUCAUAUCUUUUCAGGUAACAUUAGCUUGUAAAUCCAUGAUGUGUAACUUUCCCCUCCCCUCGCCCACCCUAAUGAUAGUUUGUGAAGGAAUGCUUGGUAUACUUGUCAGCGACUCACUUGCUAUGUCAUGAGCACAUGAAUCUGUUCUAUAGAUUAGAAUGUUGCUGGUUUGAUUUCUGGCGUUCUACUCUUUGCUGAUCUUCAGUGAAUGGCAACAUCAUUUGGACCCUGAUCUGGGGCGAAGUGAAAUCAGUCCAGAUGCUGAAACCUGGUUGCUACCAAUUGCCAUUGAGCAAGACCUACUGAAAGUCUGUGUGGAAAUCUGAGCAGUGCGUAGGAAUGUCCACUGAGCAAUGUGUCUCUGAGAUGUAUCCUGAUGGGUCUCGACAUAUGUUCGAAGAGCAGAAUUUGGCCAUUCGGUCCAUCAAGUCUACUCCGCCAUUCAAUUAUGACUGACCUUUCCCUCUCUGCCCCAUUCUCCAGCCUUCUCCCCAUAACCCAACACCCUUCAGGACAUCUUCUAGAGGAGGAAGGUUGAAAAGCUAGACACAUGGAACUGUGGAUUCUGGACUAUUGAUCAAAACACAAAGUGCUGGAGUAACUCAGCGGGUAAGGCAGAUUCCCUGGAGAGCGGAUAGGCAGAGAACCUCUGCGAAGUAAGCAAACCUUGUGGAGAUGUUGCAACAGAGCAGUAAAAUGGAGACAGAAGGAAUAGCAGAUGUUUUAAUGCAUGCCCUCCAGAGAUGCAGCCUGAUCCAUUGAGUUACUGCAGCAUUUUGUGUUCUUGAGGGUGAAAACGUGGUAGGAAUGUGUCUGAUCUGGUAAACCGUGGCUUCUAAACGUGAGGAAAGCUAGAAGGGAAAUUCUAUUGUGGCUGAAUGUUCAAUAUUUAGUUCAGGAAAUAACUGGAAACUGAAGCCAAGGAUGCUGCACUUUGUUUUUGAGAGUUACGCAUCAUUAAUUUAUCCGCUGUGAAAUAAAAAAAAAACGUUUUUCUCUUCCUGUCGUUAUAAUACAUUAUCAUCUGAUUUUGAUGUUUCUGCGGCUUGUCAAAGACUGCUCAGCCAGUUAUCCAAUGGUUAUGGCCAGAAGGUUUUAAAUAUUACCUGAUUCAAAGUGGCAGCAUUUUCAUUUAUGAGUCAUAAUGUACGUUUUAAAACAACAAAUAAUUUGAAUCGAUACAACAGAGCAGCACAGAUUUAUUUUCACAUAUUUGUCCUCCUUUUGAUAGCCCAGUCUUGAAUUUCCCUGGUUUUUAUUUUGUUCUUGAGUUUUCUGCUUUCCUCUAGGACUCCUGUUGGUGCAAGAGAAUGUCUUAUCUCUGCCCAGAUUUCUAGCAAGUACUUGCCCAAUGCCAUGCAUAACUGGAGAAGGAAGGAACUCCAGAUACUGCUUUACAAAAAAAAGACACAAAGUACUGGAGUAACUCAGCAUGUCAGGCAGUAUCUCUGGAGGAUAUGGAUGGGUGACGUUCUCAUUCUAAAGAAGGGUCCCAACCCAAAACAUCACCUAUCCAUGCUCUCCAGAGAUGCUGCCUGACCCGCUGAAUUACUCCAGCACUUUAUCUUUUUUUUUUGUCAUGCAUUAACGCAGCACGGUGAUGCAGCGGUGGAGUUGCUGCCUUACAGCGCCAGAGACCCUGGUUCAUUCCUGACUACGGGUGCUGUCUGUACGGAGUUUGUACUUUCUCACCAUGACCAUGUGGGUCUUCAACUGGGUGUAUCCUCCCACAGUAAUUUAAUUGGCUCAGGUAAAAAUUGGAAAUUGUUCCUGGUGUGUCGGAUAGUGUUAGUGUGCGGGAUCGCUGGUCGGCACAGACUCGGUGGGACGUAGGGCCUGUUUCCGUGCUAUAUUUCUAAACUAAACUGCCCUCAAUCCUUGUUUCCCCAACCCCCCCAACCCCGCAAAUGAAAGAGCUUGGGUUAGAAGCCCAGUCAAGUCCAGAAACUAAACCACUCAGCAACCCAGUUGAAUAUUCCGCAAACUCUCCCCAGCAAGCAGUUGGCCUCCACCUGUAGAAAACUAAAUUCCUUUCAGAGUUUUAUCUACGUAGCCUUUAGUAACGUCGUAUCAACCACUCACAUAUCCAUUGGAUAAUAGUUGUGUGAUGUCUUUCACCCAUCCUCUAUGUAAGUUGUCCACACUUGUAUAAAUAGCACUGAUUAAUUUGAUUUUAAACAAAAUAUCUUGGGUCUUUUAAAUGACUAGCUUAGAAGUAUUUACAAGUAAAUUCUAUAGGAAAUUUAAUGUUUGUUAUUUCUGAAGCUACAACAUAAUUUAAAAGAAUCUGGGAUUUGUCAUUCAUAUCUUUGAGCUUUCUACAUUGUGUUAAUUCCCACUGUAUGAUAUCUAAGGAUUGUAAAUCAUGUCAAUAUUUCUGUGUUUAAUCAUUUUUGUACAGCUGAAUUUGAUUGUUCCAGAAAUAAGUUAAGGCGAAUAAGAUAAUUCUGCCCUCUGGCGCAAGCUUCUUAUCCUGUUUAUCUAUGUAAAAAUAGUUAACAUUGUAUAUAUAACAAAAAAUAAAAGCUUCUCAACUGUACAGUAA